UGCUCUUACGUUCGAUGAAGUUGUUGGUCAUAGGCCGGGCCAACAAAUCACACGGCCCACAGGCCUAUUUCCGCCCGUUUCUCUUCUAGGGUUAGGUCAAGACCUCCCCGACCUCGAGCCUCCCAGUAUUAAUAGAGGCCAUGCGGCCGCCGCCGUCCGCAUCACCAUCACCACCUAUCGUCGGAGAACCACAGAAUCCACCGCAUCGCAGAGACGAGUAGAGGUUAGAUUUAGGCUGAGGUAAGAUGGUGUGCAUCCGGCAGGCGACCAUCGAAGACCUGCUGGCGAUGCAGGCGUGCAACCUGAUGUGCCUGCCGGAGAACUACCAGAUGAAGUACUACUUCUACCACAUGCUCUCGUGGCCGCAGCUCCUCUUCGUCGCCGAGGACUACGGAGGCAGCAUCGUCGGCUACGUGCUCGCCAAGAUGGAGGAGGACCCCUCCGAGCCCUGCCACGGCCACAUCACCUCCCUCGCGGUCCUCCGCUCCCACCGCAAGCUCGGGCUCGCCACUAAGCUCAUGUCCGCCGCGCAGGCCGCCAUGGACCAGGUCUUCGGCGCUGAGUACGUGUCACUCCACGUCCGCCGAUCCAACCGCGCUGCCUUCAACCUCUACACCUCUACCCUCGGGUACCAGAUCCAGGACAUCGAGGCCAAGUACUAUGCCGAUGGGGAGGACGCGUUCGACAUGCGCAAGCUGCUCCGGCAGCCACAGCCCAAGAAGCACCACCACCACCACCAUCACGGCCCCGGUGGGUGCUGCUCCCACGACGCACCAGUUGCGGCGACUGGUUCUUCUCCCCAGUCUUCUGGUUCACCCGAUAAGAAGGCUAUCACUUGAUGUAGGACAACUCCAAGUCGCUGCUCUCCAGGGAGAACCUACUUGGAGUCCUACAAUCAAAUGAGAUCUGAGGCAUUUUCUGAUAUGUAUUUUUUGCGUGCACUGUAGUUCUUGUUUAAAUUUUCGCUGAUGUUAUGUUCAGCUCUUUCUUAUCUUUCACUGUUACAUUUGAAAGAUUGUGAAACUUGGACGCCUUCAAUUUUCACCAUCACAGUAGCCAAUGACGAGUUGUCCCAACAUGUGAGGUGUAGGUAACUCCAAGCCCUGUUUCAGGGAGAACCUACUUGGGGUCCUACAUUCAAAUGAGAUACCUGGGCAUUUACUGAUGUUUAUAAAUAAGGCCUAAUGUUUUGUCUUGGUUUGUUGCAUGCAUUAUUCUGUUUGAGAAUUGUUCUUUGAUGACUGAUUUAGUAUGCUUAGGUAGCUGUGUGUUAUUGUUCAUGUAAUGAUUAUUUGUUGUUGAGAUGUUUAUGCCUUUUCUUGUGUCUAGUGUUUUAUCAGCAAAACAAAUUACUUUGUGGCACUGCCAGUGAUGAUUUGUCUGCAAAAUGGAUGUCCUGUGGACUCAAGUCCCCUGUUUCAGGGAGAACCUACUCGAGGAAACAUGGUACAUAAUAUGACAUCAUCUGAUUAAACUGAGGCAUUACAGAAGAACCUUAUUUCCUUGUCAGUUUUUGCUUCGUGCUCUUUCCUUGUAUUCUGAAAGUUUUUCUGCUUGGUCAUAAAGAAUCGUAAAGCUUGGUUGAUGUCAUAUAACGAUCCAAGCAGUUGUCUUUCAGUGAUGUUUCUGUCUGCAAAAUGGAUGUGCUAUGUAUCCAAGUCCCUGUUUUAGGCAGAACCUACUUGGAGAAACAGCAUCGAAUGUGACAUGAAUACAGAGACUGAGAUUGUAGUGCUGCUUUAUUGUUAUGUUCUAUUUCUCUCUUUCAGUUGAAGUUUCGUGGAAUCGUAGUUAUUUUUUGUCUUGACUAUGCAUCGUGCAAUUUAAAUAUUGAUUGAUGAACCUGGAAUUCAUUUUUUUGUGCACCUAACUAGCUUCUGAACCUUGCAGACUCGUAUCUACAGAGAGGAAUCACCAAGCCAAUUGUACUCAUCUUUCCUCUCACUGGGUAUACAAUAUAGUAGUUGUAGCGGUCUUUCCGUAGUAGAACGGAGAAAGACCUGUGCAGUGAGUAUUUGUGUACUUGGCCGAUGGCUCGAAUCGUCUGACCUAAUCAGCGAGAAUGGCAACCAAAUAUGCUUCGUACUUGAAACCUGUGUUGUUUUUAGACAUGUGCGAAUUUUCACAGUUCAUUUGAUUGGUGAUGCCUGACAAUUUGGUCAGAUCUGAUACCGCGGAAUAUAUAAUGCAAGUUUGAAACCUGUAAUGCAAUUGUUUUGUUA